GUGGUCGACCCCAUUUAGCAGACGCGAUGAAGAAGUUCACGAUCAAGGGUGUACUCGACGGGUUCCGGUCGUCGGUCCCGCAACCCGUCAAGCCCGACCAGGAGAUCGUCGAGAAUCUGCGAACGGAGCACUUUCAAGUUAAGAAGACAUUCAGACACGGCUUCCCGCAUCAGCCGACAGCGUUGGCAUUCGACCCAGUUCAAAGGCUCCUAGCUAUUGGCACUAAAUCAGGAUCCCUCAGGAUUUUGGGUAGACCAGGUGUUGACGCACACGUUAAACAUGAGGGAGGCGCGGCAGUUAUACAAUUACAGUUCUUGGUCAACGAGGGAGCACUGGUGUCCGCCACGGCGGACGACACUCUGCAUUUAUGGAACUUCCGGCAGAAGAUACCGCAGGUGGUGCAGAGUCUCAAAUUUCAAAGAGACAGAAUCACCUGCAUUCACCUACCGCUUCAGAGUAAAUGGUUGUACGUCGGGACGGACCGAGGAAACAUUCAUGUACUGCACAUUGAAUCAUUCGUUCUAUCCGGAUACGUAAUUAAUUGGAACAAGGCUAUCGAAAUAUCUAGAAAGACCCAUCCUGGUGCUGUAGUACACUUGAGUGAUAAUCCUUUAGAUUUGAGCAAGUUGCUUAUAGGAUAUACCUCAGGACAGAUCGUUUUGUGGGACUUGAAAACCAAGAGUGCUGACUACAGAUGUCAGACCGAUGAACAAUUGAAAUCGAUAACAUGGCACCAUGAAGGUAAACAAUUCAUGAGCAGCCACGCGGACGGCUCUCUUUCGACUUGGACAGUUCGGCAACCAAAGCCAACAAAUGUAACAUAUCCACAUGCGAAAUCCACUAAAGACGGAGAACCCGAACCUUGCAAACCCAUUCAGAAAGUAGAGUGGAAAUUAUCGAGAACAGGGGAAGCAUAUGUGAUAUUUUCCGGUGGAUUGGCAUAUGACACCACUGGGAGAACACCCAGUAUUACAGUGAUACAUGGAAAAACUACUACGGUGCUUGAAAUGGAGCAUAAUGUUAUAGACUUUGUAACGCUGUGUGAUAGUCCAUGGGCUAGUGAUUUCCAAGAUCCUUACGCUGUUGUUGUUCUACUACAAAACGAUCUGGUUGUGAUAGAUUUGUUAACUCCCGGAUUUCCGUGUUUCGAGAAUCCGUAUCCUAUGGAUAUACACGAAUCGCCUGUGACGUGUUGUGCAUAUUUCGCGGAUUGUCCCUCGGAUUUAGUACCUGCGUUUUAUUCCGUCGGAUCCAAGUCGCAGAAGAAGACCGGUUUUAGCGAGAAGGAAUGGCCUAUUUCCGGUGGAGAAUGGAGUUCUAGUUCUAGCAGUUAUAACGAGAUUAUCCUCACCGGACAUGCCGACGGCAGUAUAAAGUUUUGGGACGCUUCCGCAGGAACAUUACAAGUUCUUUACAAACUAAAGACGGCGAAACUUUUCGAAAAGACUAGAACGCGUAGUAUAGAUUCUGAGGAAGACCCGUUAGCAAUUCAACAUAUCUUCCUUUGUCCCGAAAGUCGGAAAUUAGCUAUCGCGGGAAGCGGCAAGCACGUCGUCUUGUUUAAAUUUAAGAAAGUUGAGAGUAUGUCCGAAGUAGUGACUUUAGAGAUAUGCUUAUCAGUAGAUCCUGGAAGAGACGCUGAUACCGGCUCACCGGAUCGAGAAUCUCCGGCGCCUGGGAACACCACAGGAAAUGUGGAAACGAAGAUUACGGAUUUCAAUCAUCCAAUGAAAGUCAAGACGGGUCUGCAGAAAAGGGCUCCCGGUUUUCAAGCAACGUUAAUUUGUUUGACAACUGCACCUAGUGGAGAACAGCCCGAGAGUAUAACAUCUCUUAGCUUAAAUUCGUCAUAUGGCCUAUUGGCCUACGGGAACGAGUCGGGACUAGUGAUAGUGGACAUCGUACAGAAGAUUUCACUAGUCGUGCUGAACACCAGCGAUCUCGGAGGUGGGUCUGAUCCUUAUCAACGCGUCUUACGAAGUCCCAAACGACAGGACGACCUAAGACGGGAAAAUGAAGACAAGGCAAGAAGUCCAAGCACAGACCAGAGUCAGCGGGAAUCCGCGUUGGAAUCCGAGCUGGUAGAUUCGACUCAACAACAAGCGCAGCAUCAACCAACGUGUUCCCGCAAUGAAAAUCAGACAGCGGGAAAUGCUGGCGAAAAACCGAGCGCCGAGGAAUCCACGAGCGAACCGAAUAAAGCGGGGAGUCUGCCUAACGGCGAGGAGUGUCAGAAAAGUCAAGGUUGGAAAGGAUUUAGUCUCAAGAGACAACUGAGCAAGGUUGAUCUGAAGAUCAAAAAUACUUUUACACCGUCCUUGGUGUCGUCUCAAAAUGGGAGCUCGUCGUCGGGGCUCAUGCAAGUACCCCAAUGCCAGCAGGUAGGCGGCGAUACAAGCAGUCAAAAGUCUUCCACGUUUUACUGCAAUAUCAGCGAAACGGCGAGCACAAGUCGUUCGUUGUCGCCGGUCGAAAGUGUCGACUCUGAAUCCUCGUUAUCGCCGGAGAAUCAAUCGCCGGGGCACGAGAGCUCUCAGGCGCCUGUCGAUGACAGGAAGCGAGAGAUUCAAGAGGCUCGAAGCCCGACGACGGAAAACGAGAGCGAAAAGCCGACGGCAAUAAGUGACGGCGGCAAUGUCGGCGUGAAAACCGAGGCAGUAAGACCGAUGAACCUGUCUCUGCCCGAGCACGAAGCGAAACCGCCGCGGAUGAAACGUAUCGCCAAGAUGAAGCAAUCAAAGAGAGAAGGCCGCUUGCUCUCGGUGCCGAAUUUGAAAUUUUCCAAGAACGAGUCGACCGUAUGCGAUCUAAGAUGCGAAGAAAGCGCAACCACCGAAUCUUCGUUCACCGGCAAUCUUAUGAGAAGAUUCAGUCGGGUAGACAAAUUCGACGGCUCCUUCCAACGAUCAAGGAGCUCGAGUAUGUCGUCCCUCGAGAACAUCACCACAGAAACCAUAAGCUGCCUUACAUUUGCGGAUACUUAUACGAAAAAAAACGAUACAAAUGGCAUGCCAACUUUGUGGAUUGGCACGUCUCUGGGAUCUGUACAGACUGUUAUAUUCAAUACACCUCCCCAUGGCGAACGUCAUGCUCAUCCAGUGGUUGUGUCUACUUGUAAUGGAUCUACGUUCAAACUCAAAGGUUGUAUCCUAUCAAUGUCGUUCUUAGAUUGCAACGGUGCUCUAAUUCCGUAUUCGUACGAGUCUUGGAAAGACGAAAAUACGGACGGCAAAGAACGCAACAAGGGUCAAGGAAAAUGUACAAACAGCAGCAGAAUGUCACCGUCGAUGCAAGUCGGCAGCGGGGAUAGUUUCGAGGAUAGACAAUUCGUUGUUCUUGCAUCGGAAAAACAAGCGAGAGUCGUGGCGUUACCUUCUCAAAACUGUGUAUAUAGACAACAGCUGGCGGAGACUCAUAUGGUAAUUAAGGCAGAAAUCACAACUCUGAAAGACAAUGUCUGCUUGGUGUGUUACGUUUCGAACGGUCACAUCACUACUUAUAGUUUGCCCAGCCUUAGACUGCUGAUAGACGUCGAUUUUCUACCUCUUAUAGAUUUGAGUUUUCAGACCACAAAACACGGCAUUGUAGACCCCAUGUUGUCCAUAUGGGGUCACCAACUCUUUGUUAAUGGCGAUACCGAUCAGAUUGCAAAGACCCUUUGCUUCAGCAAUCGAGGCCACGGUUUAUAUCUCUCGUCACCUAUGGAGAUUCAGAAGUUCUCAGUUUCGAGCGAAUUUUGCGCUGAACUGACGGAGAUGAUGGGCGAUCUAUUUAUCGGUCACGAUAUGCCAGAACCACCUAAGGAGAGUUUCUUCAAAGGUUUAUUCGGUGGCGGUUCGAGAAGUCUCGAUCGGGAGGAGUUAUUUGGUGAGUCAAGCGGUCGUGCGUCGCGCACAGUCGCGAAACACAUUCCAGGACCAAAUGAGGCAAUUCGGGAGCGAGUCGCAAGCGCGACGGGCGAGGUGAACAUGGCGCAUCAAAUGGUCUUGGAGCGCGGCGAGAAAUUAUCGCAGCUCGAGGAACGAACUGCGCGCAUGAUGUCGGAGGCCGACAACUUCUCGCAGAACGCUCACAACUUGAUGCUCAAGUACAAAGACAAGAAAUGGUACCAGCUAUGAGAAAGCAACGCGGCCCGAGAUUGGAAAAACGACGCAAAUUUCUUCAUUUAUUUAACGCUCGUGUCUCGUCUAUGAAUUUUUCGUCGUUAAGAAACCAAUACGUUAGACGGUUAUUACGAUCCUCACACACGCACAUAUGGGAAACAUUUACACAAGGGGAAGAGGGAUUAAGGGGAAUAAUAUAUUAUAUAUAUAAUGUACAAUGCGAUUAUAUCUGUGCCGCGCACACGGUACACACGCACAUUCUGUAACGAGAUAAGAAAACACAAAGAAAAAGAUAUAUUUCAAAGCGAAUAAGUAUAUAUUUAACGGCGGCGCAUCUCGAGCAUAUAAUUAAUAAAUUUCUGCACGGAGAGAUGAACAAAAGAGAGACGUCGUUGACGAGAAUAAUACGAGGUGAGGUUCGGACCGUUUCUGGAACAAAGAAAUGUAUUUUGCUUCUAUUGCGUCCCAUCUAAAAAAAACUCUACUCUCUUAAAACAAAGUCAUAAAAUUACACGUUAAUUGUGGCAAAUUUUUUCAACAACUUCUAGCGAUUGCUAUCAGAGUGCAGCGCUAUAUUUUUGCAAACAAACUUGCGAACUAAUUCGAGAAAAAAGCAACAACGUAAAAUAUACACAUAUAUUUACUCGAGAAACGGUCCGAAUCUUUGCGACAUCGAGAGUAGAGGUCACACACCGGGGUUUUUCGCCGCGUUGCGCUUGCGCGCGGGAUGUGUCGCGUAUAAAUCAUGAUUAUACAAAAUAUAAAAGUACUUAUUAUAUAUACGACACGCAUUAUAGAGAUGCGACAGAUAAUUGAGAUAUACGCGAGUCAAUAUAAGCAAUUAUGUAAUAAUUCGCCUUUUAACUAAUGGCACUCGUUAAUUCAUUCGGACGUCCUGUGAACGUUAUUUCUUGGCGCCUUGCCUUGUUUGCUUCUCAGCAAAGAAUUGUCAAUAAGUAUUUACAGAAUGUCACGUUGUUGCAUGGUUUAAGCACUUCUGAAUACAUGUAGAGUCGAGUGAAACACCAAAAAAGAAUCGCAUUAGGUUUAAUUUGGCUAAAAAUAAUAAUAAUAUAAUAUACAUACAUUAUACACGUAUAUAUACAUAUAUUACACAUGACUUCUUAGA